UCAGCGAAAACAAUGUUUACUAUGGCAGGUGGAACAUUUGGGCUGAAUGAAUCUCCAUCUGUUGAGGGCCAAGAGAGAGAGAAACGUGGUGAUUCCUUGGCCGGGACGAGAAGGGCCUUUGAAGAAAGGAGCACCAACCUAUUGCAAUGAUUAACCGGGCUGUGGAAUGUCAGAAUUGCUCUGAGGAAAGAAUUUUGACUUCUUGCUGGCCGAGGACUGUUCUGUAGAGACUGGUUCUCUUUUCUUUGUUUUGUUUUUCUUUCCUGUUGGUUUUCCUUUUUCUUUCUUUUUUUUUUUUUAAAGUUUCGCUUUUGAACAGCAGACGGAGAAGUUGCCCCCGUUGGCUCAGCUGCGUGUGUCUGUGUGUGGUAAAGAGGAUGGGGUUUCUCUAGCCACCGCGCACAAUACCACCAUUGAUCAUGAGGACUCUUCGCAGGUUGAAGUUCAUGAGUUCGCCCAGCCUCAGCGAUCUGGGCAAGAGAGAGGCAGCUGCCUUGGACGAGCGGGGGACUCAGCACCAGCGGGCCUGCUCCAAUGCCACCUGGAACAGCAUAAGUCAUAACAUAAUAAACCUGUUCAUAUUUAAGAACAUGUCAACACAUCGACUACAUAACUUGCCUGAGUUCAGGCAGCUUCUGAAAACUGAGUUGGGAUCUUUUUUUACGGAAUAUUUACAGAACCAGCUGCUUACAAAAGGCAUGGUGAUCCUGAGGGAUAAGAUCCGAUUUUAUGAAGGACAGAAACUUUUGGAUACGUUGGCUGAAACCUGGGAUUUCUUUUUCAGUGAUGUCCUGCCCAUGCUGCAGGCCAUAUUCUACCCCGUGCAGGGGAAGGAGCCUCCUGUCCGUCAGCUGGCCCUGUUGCACUUCAGAAAUAUUAUAACUCUCAAUAUAAAACUGGAAGACGCGUUAUCCCGUUCCCGCGCAAGGAUUCCUCCUUCAAUUGUCCAAAUGUUACUCAUCCUACAAGGUGUUCAUGAAUCAAAAGGAGUUACUGAAGAUUACUUGAAGUUGGAAACUCUCUUGCAGAAGGUUGUUUCUCCUUACUUGGGAACGUACGGUUUGUACUCCAGUGAUGGCGCUCUCACUCACUCUUCCUGUAUUUUAGAAAAACGCUUCUUUCGGCGCUCUAAAUCGGGGGAUAUUCUUGCUAAGAAUCCGGUGGUGAGAUCCAAAAGUUACAACAACCCUUUGUUGACUCCCGUAGCCGAGUAUGAGACAGAAGGCACGAACGCCAACAGCUCGAGCAUCCGACGACACUCGGUUUCUGAAAUGACCUCCUGCGGUGAGAUGCUGGGCUAUUCCAAUCUCACAACCAUCACAGACAAUGGAUCCAAGAGCUCCAUGCUCACCAUGAAGAUCCUGCCAGCAGGAGAACAGGAGAGGAUUUCGGCUGGUUCAAUGCAAUGUGUGUCUGAUCAAUCCAAAGGACUCUUCUAUCCCACAGAGAACCCGACCAGGGCAUUUGAGUUAGGCCAGGACUCAGACUUGCUUGCCAUUGCUCCCACAGCCAGCCCUGAGAACAUAGUGGACCAGAUUUUAGAAUCGAUCGAUUCCGAUUCCGAUGGGAUUUUCAUUGAUUUUGGCCCAAACUGCUCUGGCUCCCCGGGAUACAAUAUGGAUGUGAGCAGGCAAAGCGUGGUCUGAAAGGAGUUGUGCUUUGCAAGUCCACCAGUUCUGGGUGGGUGGAGUAAGAGCUCUGCCUACUUUUCCAAGUCAGAUAAUGAGGAUGAUCUCACCCCAGAGAAAUACGGAUAACCCAGGCUUGGGAAAACGGCGGUGCCACUGAAUCUUUGUGGUCAGGUUGCAUCUGUUUAGGCUAAGUUCAUAAAGUCACACUGAGGUCCACCCAUGACCAGGCUGAGCGAUGGGUAGUGAUGGAGCUUAGGUUGUGCAUCCAGGUUGAACUGAAUCACGCAGAAUAACAGGCCUGAGAUACGGUCUGAUGUUCAACCUCCUUUAAUGUCCUUCAUAGGUGCCCCCCUCCUCCUAGGGAUGUGAUUUGCCUCCCAUCAUUGCCUUCUUUCCCAGUGUUUUUCCAGUUUGUAUGUUCAGCUCACUUGCCUGGUAUCUCCUUCCUCAGAAUUCUCCUUUCCUGCAGGAGUCAGCCAACCAGAGCCAAGCAGAAGAAGCAGGAGGUCAGUUGCCAGUUAUUCUUCCAAUGGAUGCUCCUUGGUGUAGAGUAGAACAUGGAUGACUCCCCCAUAAUCCCAGCAUGAUACUUUAGGACAGAAAUAAGCCGCUUUUGGCACUCAAGGGCAGCACAGGUGUUGAUGAGUGGUGAAUUGGGACUAGCUCAGGUGUACAUACCUAUAUGUAUGCACAUGCAUGUAUCUAUAGUCACUCGUGUGCAAGCAGGGGUGGCAUCAUCAACUUCGCUGGAGAAGGAAGUUGAAGUCCCCUCCUUGUUUGCGUGUGCUGUCCCAGCCAUGGCCAGUUUUCAGGAUGACCCUCUUGUUGUGCAGCCCUUGCCGUGUUAGACUUCUCUCAGAGGAGAAGGCAGUUGUGUUGUUGGGACACGUAGAAGAGUCACAGCAGUCAUGGAGUCCCCUCUGUCAGGUCUCAGUGGCUGGAAGAUUCUAGUUUACCCUUACCAGAAUGGUUGAGCAGGAAUGCAAAGAAUGUCAACCGUCUGUGAGGACCUGAUGGACCAGAAAUAAGAGGAAAUCCAGCUCCCCUCUUGAUUGAAUGGCAUUGCAAGAGAGCAUGAAGUUUUCACAGCUUCCUGGGCUAACUUCUGAACUUCUCCUUUCAUUUAGUCAAGAACUGACAGUUGUCUUAUAUCCGUGAUGGCAAACCUAUGGCACACAUGCCACAGGUGGCACAGAGAGCCCUCUUUGUGGGCACAUGAGCCGUCGUCCCAGCUCAGCUCCAUCACGCAUGCACACACGCCUCCUGCUGGCCAGCUGGUCUUCGGGUCUCUGCCAUACAUGCGCGGGGCGCAUGGGCGGGGGAUGCACACACAUUGCAUUUUGGGGGCGCGGGCGUGCGUACUUUGGGCACCAGUGCUGAAAAGGUUAGCCAUCACUGUCUCAUAUGGUUCCCCUUUCCAGGAAUUCCCCUUUCCAGAAUAAAGUCAGGAUGGGGUUUAGGGGUGUUUUUACUGAUCUCAUGGUGUCAUAGCCAGAGAUUGGCUGAACCCUGAUAAGUUGGAUCUGACUUCUUUCAGAAAGAGCAGGAUUUGAGAGCCCAGGAUACUGCCUCUAAUAAGGUAGAUAAUUUAUUUUGGGCCCCAACCACUACAAAGGAGGAGGGAAUCUCAGCUUGGACACUUGGAAAAGGAAAGCUGAGAUAUUACUAGGCGUCAGAGAGAUGACCAUAUGAACUGUCUUCAUGGCAAGCUACCAUGAUGGAUACCGAUAAAAUGAGUUACCUCAUGACACAGUGAAAGCAAUGAGAGAAAUUACGCACGAUGAACUUGAGUCUUGCUGAUUGAAAUGUUAUUUACAGAUUCCCCAUUGUACUUAAAGUGUAUGACUUUAAGCUAAAAGUGGUAUUUGGGGACUUGAAAAUAGUCUAUGUGGUGCUUAAUCCGCAGUCAUUCAUAUUUGCAAAUCAGCGUAACAGCAAAUGAUCCAUGCAUGUGUGAAAAAGUCCCCAGCCUUCACUUUGGGGAAAUGUGUCAUUUAAACAUGCUCUUUCUGCCUCAUUACUGCCUUGAUAGAUUUCUGAAUUAGGGAACUGUCGUAAUGGCAAUUAAUAUUAGAAAAUCCACCUUUCUCAUGAAGCUAAAAACCAUGUUCACAGCUUCCAAACAUUUCCUUAAAACGAAACCCUGCUCUUCAAAAGUUAAAAUGUGUCUAUAGGCUGCAAAAGAAAGAAAGAAAGAAAGGGGUUUUAAUUUUUUUAAAAGUUGUUCCAAAUAUAAUAGAAUUUGACUGAUUUAUAGCGGCUACUAUUUUUUAAUGAUUCUCACUACAUCCACAUGUCUUUCACCAAUCAAGAGAAGUUUGUAAAACUAAUUUAAAUAAAUAAUGUGCUUGCUACUGAUUGGU